UACGGUAGCAGAGGUUGUGUCGGACUUUUUCUAGUGCAAAGGUAAAAAGUUGUUGGGAAAGAAACAAUGUAGAAAGUCUAAAAGUAGCAUGCCAGUUAGUUUAAGGAUCAUUGAAAGCCCAGGGAAGGGCACUGUUUCCUCUGGCACUGCUGUAAAUUUUUGAUCGGUUGAAUGACUUCGGGAGUGACAACUGACGCCACUCGUGGGGCCGUGUGAGAAAUGUCAUUCCGUAUUUCUAAACUUCUACCAAAGUUUCUUCGAGGGGAAAAAGAUAGAGGGAAGACCCCGGAAAACACCAAUGACCCCAAGAAUCAAGUCCUGCUGCUAGAUGACACAGAACUUACUGUGCAUCUGAAGCAUAGUCAUAAAGGCUCGGCAUUACUGGAACGGGUGUUUGAACAGCUGAACUUGGUGGAGAAGGACUUUUUUGGCCUGCGCUUCAUUGACCAGUACAACCAAACGCAUUGGUUAGAUGGAAACAAGUCCAUAGCAACACAGAUCAAAGGAUCACAGAACAACAAGUUUUACUUUGGAGUAAAGUUCUACGCAGCAGACCCAUGUAAACUGCAUGAAGAAAUCACCAGGUACCAGUUUUUUCUCCAAGUCAAGCGUGACAUUCUACAAGGUCGCCUGCCCGUCAGCUUUGAUGAGGCGGUGGAACUCUGCGCUUAUGCUGUGCAAUCGGAGCUGGGGGAUUUUGACCCCAAGCGACACACGGUUGGCUAUGUGUCAGAGUUCCAGUUACUACCCAAUCAGACGGAAGAGUUGGAGGACCGGAUUGCUGGUGUCCAUCGGGAGCUGGUGGGCAUGGUACCAGCAGUGGCAGAGUACAGGUACCUGGAGAAGGUGAAAUGGCUGGACAUGUACGGGGUAGAUCUUCAUCCCGUUCUGGGUGAAGGUCACACAGAAUACUUCCUAGGUCUUACCCCAAUGGGAAUUGUUGUUUACAAAAACAAGUCUCAGGUUGCCAGUUAUUUGUGGCCUCGUAUAACAAAGGUCACAUUUAAAGCUAAAGUUUUCACUGUACGGGUUAAAGACAAACAUAAUGAAGAGCACCCUUACAGUUUUGAGCUGUCAACAAAGUCUGCCUGCAAGCACUUGUGGAAAUGCUGUGUAGAGCAUCAUGCUUUCUUCAGUACGCGUAUGGAGAAGCUCUUAAACCAGGCUGGUCAGUAUCGUCAGCCACCUCAGGUGUUGCGCAUCCCCAGUAGGCGCCAUAACCGACGCUCAAACUCCGAUUCAAGGCUAGAUGCUCUUGUGUUUUCACAGCUCUGGUUUAUUUCUGUUACAGCUCGCUCAUCAAAUGAAGGGAUAUAUGAGGCAACUAAACGACCAGUUACCAUGGUGAUAACUCCAGAGCCUGUCCAACCCCCACGGUACAGUUAUCGUCAGCUUCCUGAGUCGCCUCAGAGUACCCGCUCUGCCCCCUGGGAGACCAGAUCAGAAAGGCGAGGACUGUACACUUCUGGGAGGGAGUCCCCACUCUCCGUCCGCAGUGAGAAGAUGAAGUUUCCACACCGCAGACCUGCCUCUGGAAGUGAAAGUGAAACAGGACCAAGGAGAAGAUAUUACUCCAGUCGUAAGAGCUCUGACAAUGAAAGUGAAAUAUCACACACAAGGCGACGGAGAAGAAAAGACGAAAGUGGUAGUGAAUCGGAAGCAGGCUAUCGACGAACUCUUCGGCAAAGAAGAGCGAAAAGUGCAGGCGAGGAUUUGUUUGGUGCUGAUUGGAGGAAUGGAGCAUAUAUAGAGAGGGGAAAGGAAAACAUUCCAAACGGGUCACUAUAUUCUUUACAUGGGGAUGAAGAAAGAAAACGUAGAAGGCGGAGGACACGAAGUAAAUCGCCCAGUAAGAGGCCGCCAGAGGAGUUGAGACAGCAUUUUGAAUAUGGUCUGAUUGAAACAGAGGGGUUGAGUGAAGAUCAACUCCGUGAGAUCCCUUACACACAAGUCGAGACAAAAGCAGAACCAUUUAGAGUGAAAGCCAAAUACCGGUACAAGUCUCCGAAAAGACGUUCAACCUUGUCUAAUGGGGAGGCGAGUGAUUUGAACUCGCGCCAAUCAGACGGCACCAUAACUCAGGAAGAGGCUCCCCCUCCGUACGUCCCCAUUACCUCUGCCACUCUCACCAGACCCUCAGUGUCCCAGAAUAACGCACACAAUGUUAACUACAGCAACUCAUUCAGUAAACCGUCUCAGGAGUCUAACCAUGGUCCACCCUCUGUUGUAUAUAGACAUGAGUCCUACACAACCAGUCCUAAGUCCAGGAAUGCACCUCUUUCCACCCUUCAACCCUCCACCCACUCCAUCACCCACCCUCAUCACCCUAGCAGAGGCUCCAGGUAUCUCGAGUCAGGUGCUAAGAUGCAGCUUCCUCCAUCCUCAUCAGAGAACAUGACACAUUCUCCUUACUGGGGAGGUAGAGAAAGUCGAGAGCGACCAACUGAUCAGAGGUACCCCCCUACAUCUCGGAACCAGCAGCAAAGGUAUAACCAUGGAUACCAUCAGACUCAGUCUUACCCUCUGAACUCCUCUAGAGAAAACAGUAACCAUGGUAACACAGCAUUGUGGAAUGGUAGGGAGCACCCUUAUUACCAGAGCCCUGUAGAUAAUGUAGACAACGAGCAGCGACCUUCAACUCACAUGACCCCUGAGAACCUAGGUCAAAGUCAAAGUGAAGGUCAAGGUGGAGGUUACAAGAGUGCACCAUUGUCAGAGAUAAACAGACCUGAAGUUGAUCAGUCUCGCCCUGCCCCUCAGCAUUAUAGAACACCGUCUGAUAACCGUUAUCAGACACCCACCUACCAGAGGCCUAAUGGGAGUGGCUACUCCACAGGCAGGCACCAAGCCCCACCCCACAACCCAGCUUCCAGUCAGGCCCCCGCCGUUCACAGACCUGUAUACGCUUGGAGCCAUUUCCAGCCAGUCAAACCCUCAGCAUCUCCUGCCAGCCAAUCAAACAACAGCACCAUGGGAAGCUCACACUCGGAGAUCACGCAUCAUGUGAUCAGUGCCUCGGGACGUCACGAGAAGUGGACUGAACUCUGACAGAAAAACCAACAAUAUGCAAAUUUUUGUACCAAAGCCGUAAUUGGGGCAUUGUGUGCUCUCCUUGUUCUGUUUCAGGCUGUCUUGAUGCAGUGUGUUUUUGUUUAAUAGAUCACAUUUUUGAACUAGUAUAGUUGUGCACUUUAAAGCUUGUUUUGUCACUCAAGAUAAAUGCUACCCUGAAGUACAUUAUUAAUUGGUGCAUAUAUUUUAACUAACUCUAAACAGAGAUAAUGCCAAAAGUAGGUGUGGCAAAAUCUUGAAGAAAAAAAAAACCAGAAUCAGUGACACAAACAUGUAGGUGUAGUUUUCACCGUUCCUCUUUUACUAUUUAAGACUUGUUUUUUUUUUAAGCAGAGAUGAAUUUCUGUUGAACUAAGUUCGCUGCUUAAAAGCCACGGAAUCACUAUGAUGCCAGUAUAAAUAUGAAUGCUGUAGGAGUGGACAGACUUUUUGUAACUUUCUUGCAACUUCUCUGACUGAACUAACAUUAAAAUGUGCAGGGGAUCUGUUUUCAGCAUUCAUCUCUGCUAAAACUGUGCGAGGUAUGAGGAAAAUACAAUGGUAUAUAUGAGAUUUGUGUUAUAUAUGCUGAAAUACAGGUGUACAUACAGGUGUGAUUUGCAUUAGAUCAUCUACAUUAAUAGAAAACUGUAUAAAUCAGGAAACAGUACAUGUGAUUGGUAUUAGGUAAGCUAAGUUUGAGGAAAACAUACUGCACUGUCUAUAUGAUGAGGAAACAGUACAUGUGAUUUGUAUUAGGUAAGCUAAGUUUGAGGGAAAACAUACUGCACUGUCUAUAUGAUGAGGAAACAGUACAUGUGAUUUGUAUUAGGUAAGCUAAGUUUGAGGAAAACAUGCUGCACUGUCUAUACGUAUGAGGAAACAGCACGUGAUUUGUAUUAGGUAAGCUAAGUUUGAGGAAAACAUGCUGCACUGUUUAUAUGAUGAGGAAACAGUACAUAUGAUUUGUAUUAGGUAAGCUAAGUUUGAGGAAAACAUGCUGCACUGUCUAUACGUAUGAGGAAACAGCACAUGUGAUUUGUAUUAGGUAAGCUAAGUUUGAGGAAAACAUGCUGCACUGUUUAUAUGAUGAGGAAACAGUACAUGUGAUUUGUAUUAGGUAAGCUAAGUUUGAGGAAAACAUGCUGCACUGUCUAUACAUAUGAGGAAACAGUACAUGUGAUUUGUAUUAGGUAAGCUAAGUUUGAGGAAAACAUGCUGCACUGUUUAUAUGAUGAGGAAACAGUACAUGUGAUUUGUAUUAGGUAAGCUAAGUUUGAGGAAAACAUGCUGCACUGUCUAUAGGUAUGAGGAAACAGCACAUGUGAUUGGUAUUAGGUAAGCUAAGUUUGAGGAAAACAUACUGCACUGUCUAUACGUAUGAGGAAACGGCACAUGUGAUUUGUAUUAGGUAAGCUAAGUUUGAGGAAACAGUACAUGUGAUUUGUAUUAGGUAAGCUAAGUUUGAGGAAACAGUACAUGUGAUUACUACUUCGUAAAGCUGAAAGUACAUGGACAUUUAGGUAAGAGGAAAUAUUACAUGUAUACCAUUUGCACUACGAUCUUGCUGCACAAAUCAUUCAGUGAUGUUAUUGAUAUGGUAACAAGCUGUGAAAAGUUGUUUCACUUUAUCGCCAGUUAAUUAAUAAACCUUCUCAAUGUUUGCAACUGCACAAAAUGUGUUAGAUGAAUACAAUUCAGUGUCAACCCUCUAAUGAAAAAACCUUCAUUGCAAAUUGGAAUUUUUCAAAUAAUUAAUUGUGUACAUAUACCUGUGAUUUGCUGGCCAAACCUGCUCUGUCAACUUCUUGAAUAACGUUUGUUGUCUCAUGUGUGCUGCAUUUGUUAAUUAUUUUUGAUUCUUUAUUUGUGUAAAUAUUUUUCCUGAAUCAGCAGGUAAUCCAAGAGUUCAAAACUCAAAAAAUCAUGUUUGUAUAUAGUUUUAGUACAUAGGUUUUUCUUUUUUUUGAUAAAAAUAUUUAUUAUUGUUAUUCCUAACCUUUUUAUAUUUACAUUUUGCUAUGAAUAUUUAUUUUGUAGUUAACAUUUAGAGUGUAUAUUAACUUUUUGGUGCAUUUUUUUUUAGUUGAACUGUUGUUGCAAAGAAAUUGGAAUUCUGUUUCUGCAUGGGGCUCCUGUAUCAUAUUCUAUGUUCUUCCUUGGGGGUGGGGAAUAGUUGUGGGUAAAGCAGGAGGUGUGAUAGGGGGGAGAAAUUCCACAAAAGAUUUAACUUUGGAGGGACAGUUCUAAAGCAAACUGUUUUUCACUUUCACUGGACUAGGGCAUCAUAAAUAAAAGCUGAUAAAUGAUAUUUCAGACUUUGAUAUUUACAAAUGGUAACCAUAUUGUGUUUGUGAAGCAGAAGUUGUCAUGUUCCUCAAAGAACAUGCAAAUGGUAUUAAUCCAGGCUCAGCGAUGUUGAACACAUGUACAUGUACACACUUAAGUACUUCAAAGAUUAUUGAUGCCAUUAUUGAUUAUUGGAAAAGAAAAGCAAUUUCUUGCUUUAUCUUAAAAUUGUAAUCGAAAUUAAACUAUUUAAUAUUUGCAUCAGUGGAAUUUGACCACUCAUUCUGUCAUGUGAAAAUUAUAAUUUCUGCCAAGUUUGAAUGCCCAGCUUCAUAUAUUCUGCUUGGCCCCAGGAUCAGAAAUUGUCCUCAGCCUAGUCUUAACAUGAGGUAUUAUUCCCUAGCAUGUAUUUGAACAUAAACUGAAACAGUACUAUUUUGUCAUGCAAGUACAAGACAACUCUUAGGAUUAUAAAAGUGAAAAAAAAUCCUUAGUCAUAAAUUUAGUAUUAUAAAGUGUUUUGAAAUGAAGACUAAGUCUGAUUCAAUUCCAAGAUAUGUACAGCUUUUUUCUGCCUGGAUUUCAGCCCAAUAUAGCCUUAUGAAUCAGGCCCUGUAAGAUGGCAUGCAUGUUUUUGCUGGGGCAGGUCUGUAGUCCCUUUCGUGAUAGUAAUUAUGGUUGAUUUGUUUUCUGACUGUCUAACCCUUAUUUCACAAUAUUAACUGUGAAUACAUGUCACCAGUAACAAACUCUACUGGUAGUAAGUUGCAGGUUAGAUCUGAGAUCUGUUUCAUUCUUCCCAGCUUAACUUUCACAAAUGUAAUGUAGAGGCUAAGUUCGGAGCAUGGCCAACCGAUCUCAGAGCUAGUUGCAUUUGCAUGUAAUACCAUGUUAAUCUUAUAAGGAGGUACCUUGCAUAUAAGUAUCUUUACACCAUCGUCUAUUUAUGAUUUUACUACCACUUGUGCAAAUAACCAUGCUUGGCAUCAAAUGUCGCGUAUUCUAUGCAAUACUAAAUCAGCAGUUGCCAUAUAGUCGUGUAGUGCGUACGUUCAGUGGUUCUGCCAUGUUAUAUAUGAAGCGCAUUUGAAUGCCGUUAAGUAACUGUCGUGUGUGCUUCAAACCAAGAAUGAUACGGUAUUGAAUAGGGGUGAUUGGGCUGAUAAUGAAAGGGCAUUCAAGCAAAAUUUUCUGCGAUCACUCCGCAUUGCUACGUAGUAGGUUAGAGUUUUCGUUUGACACAACGAAAUAUAUAGUGCCUUUUGAUACAGUUUCGGUUUCAGAGUUGACAUUUACGUUUAUUGGCUUCACACAUUUUGGCCCAAAGCUGCUGCUGCGAUGGGCGUAGUAGCUCAGCCUUUUCCCCUUGCACAUGCUACUUGUAAGCUGUGAUUUCUAGGCUGUUGCGCAGAAGUGCCUAUGGACUUUGUUUUACAAGCACAGCUGUAUACAGAAAAUAUACCUGUUACAGAAAAAGAAUAAAGGUGUACACAAAACGACCGGCUUGUUUUAGGCUGCGGUGCCCCCAGGACAUUUUGACAAAUUAGUGUCAAAUUGUUAGAUUGCUCGUUCUUAUACCAUGCUACAUGUAUUAUCAUAGGCCAUUUGAAAACCUAUAGGCUAUGUAUAAGCACGGGCGAUCUACUAAUUUAAUACAAGGGCUUGUGUCUUCAGGUCUUUGUGUUAUCCCUGGCACCUUUUUGUCUGGUGACUGUUUGUCAAUGUAUAUGCAGGACUUCAGUCGAGUACCUGGGAGAAAAUCGGGCAUUUUCUUCAUUUAUAUGAUUGACAUUUAUGUCCAAGCGCGGAAUCCAUUUACAGCACAAACUCCAUAGUUGCGUUUGAAAGUGUAAGAUGUAACGGUAUAUUUGGUGGAAAUGUGGCUUAUUUUUUAAACUAUGCACCAUGUCUGUCUUCAUGUUUUCAUAUUGGAAAGUAGAACUGGGGAAUCGCAUAUGUUACCCAUUUUGGGCUACUAUGCGCAUACCCUUACGGCGUCUUAAGAUGAAUUCCAAGUCUUCUAAGUUCCGAGGUUGAACACGGUGCAAAAAUGGCGGGUUCCAUUUGUACAGGCGUUUGUACGUACACGUUUGUUUGUAUUA